AAUCGUUAUCGCAUGCUGCUACGCGGGUUCGUGUACGCAUUUGUGUUGUGUGCGUGAAAAUCGGUGGAAAUAGAAAUGUAUAUGGAAUGAAUACCAAAAGCGUUUGAAACGCAAUCAAUUAAGAAAUAAAUUUAAAAAUGAGUGUGUUUGAGUUGGUGAGUGAAUUGUGUCUGAAAGUUUUCGAUUCCGAAUUUAACAAAAAUGACUGGUAUCCGGACCUGCCAAAGAUACGUCGAAAGGCUUUGAAGAAAUUGAGAUCCAAAUGUUACGAAAUUCUUCUCCACAAAGUGUCCAUUCCAAAUUCGAAUUAUGAAGAUGAUUGGAGUCCCGCAGCCCAAGUUAUUGGGCAUGUAUUCACUCUGCAGCAGCAGGGUUUAUUUCGAGAUGCCAAGAAGAUGAUGAUGUAUGCUCAUAAAAUGGUAGAUUCAAAUUUGCAUUGUAAUCCUGUGGUGAUAGCUGUUCUUGAACUUCUGCUUAGACUACAAGAUUCUGUUGAAAGGCAGGAAGAUUAUGAGCCGAUUCUUUUCCGCUAUGAGGAACCGAAGCCUUACGAUCCUUCACAAGGGCCCAUGCCCUACGACAUCCUGCACCCCAGUGCGUUUGAGCCACAGCCGUGGAUGCUGCACCUGGAGCGACAAGGGUCCUCCGGGUACUUCCCAGCAGCUGGUUCUUUCCCAUUCACCAGUGAACCGGGACAGGAUCUGCCCGUGCUGGGUCGCUUCCUGCAGCCAGCACGCAUGGACGGCAGGGGGAGCACCGUGCCCUUAUAUGCAAUUCCACAGUUUCCAGUCCUAACAGAGCCUCGUGGGUUGCAGAUUCCAUCAAUUUCUCUUGAGAGCGGGGCGCUUAGGGGUCGCCGGCGGUUCCAGAAGGCCGCGGCGGACGAGGGCUACGCCACGCCCAGCCUGAAGGGGUCGUGCGCGGCGUCGCCGAGCGCGCGCUCGCCCGACGAGCUGCUGCUGGCCGCGGACGGCGUGUGGCGCGCCGCGCUGGCCUACCGCCCGCCGGCGCUGCGCACCUGGGAGACGCUGGGCUCGCGCGUCCCGGACAAGGAGCGCCCGUUCCUGUCGGAGGCCGGCCAGGAAGCAGCACAGCAUUUCAUCGAAAUUGUGCGGCAGUGGCCAUUGCUGCAGCCUGGUAGAAGGCCAGUGAUUGCGCCACACGUUCUCUCUGUGGAGCAGCUGACACGUGAUAUUGGGUAUUUGCUGCAGGGAGUGCAAUCACAUACAUUCCUGUUCUCUGAGGUGACGUUUGCCUUCAGCCUGGCCCCUGGGGUGUGUGUGCAAGAUCUGUCCCCAUUGGCCAUGAGCAACUACUGCCGGGAGCUGUUGGAGCUCGGAACGUGUGCUCGUCGAUUGCAGCUUCUGACUGAGAGGGGGGUUCCGGGACAUCCACGUACCAGGCUCAUGGAGGCCCUCCGUGAGCAUGUGAAGAUGUACCUCCAGUUCCACUGGGGUGCAGCUCUGCUCAUGCCACAGGGCACAUCCUUAUUGGCCCUGCAGUAUUGGGCACAAGGUUUGCAUCAGAAGACGGUGGCGAUGGCACAGCUGUGUGGCGUGGCACCUCCUAGUGAUUCGUGGAAGGGCCCUCGGAAACUACCGUCUGGCAUAGCCCUAGUGUCAUACAUUUAUGAAACACUCAGCCGGGAGACAAGACCAGAUGUGUGCUGUAUUCUAUAUUCUGCUCUGCGUGGUGUUUCACAAGUGUACUUCAGGUUCUUGGAGCAAUGGAUCUUUGGGGGGACCUUGUUUGAUACGUGGGAGGAGUUCUUCGUUCAAGCAGUGGGCUCAGCAGAUUUGCUGGCCAGCCGUAAUCGCAAGUAUUGGGCUCAUGUUUUUCAUAUCGUGAAAGGAGCAGUUCCUGGAUUUCUUCGUGGACUGGAAGAUGAUAUUUUGUUGUGUGGGAAAACUGUUCAUCUCUUGAAGUUGUGUUGCCCGAAGGCAGCACUGUGUGUUGCAUUGGAGAGUGGCCACCCGCCAGUACCCUGCUGCCUGCAGGGACGUGAAUUGCGUCAGUUGUCAUCAAAGUGUCGGCUCUUCGAACGGCGUGUCAGAGAGUUGGAACGAGCUGGAAGUAGUAGGGGCUCAGACAGUGGAAUUGAGACAAUGACAAUAUGGAGACGACACGGCCCCACGGAAGGGGAGUUGAUGGAGCGACAGGAGGUGAUUCGUCAAGCACUGGAACAGGAGGCCAGGCGACAGGCGGUGGUGCAGAAGCAGCGCCAGUGGCGAGCCGAGCUGCAGCAGCAAGUGCAGGAAACACAGGAGCGCCGUGAGGAGGAGCAGCGCUUCGAACGGGAGCAAGAGCUGCGAGUGUUGGAAGUGAACCGGCAGCGCCAGUUGGAAGAUGAACAGCGCAAGGAGGAGGAGAAACAACGCAUGAUUGAACACUACGAAGAAUUAUCCCUGGUUGCCAUGAAGCGCAAGCAACUUGCUGAUUGGAGGCUGGAGAGACUGAAUCUUAGAGAUCGUAGAGAGGAGUUCAUUUUGAACGAUCGCAGAGAAUGGCGUGCAGCUGCGGCAGAGCUGAAUCUCAAGAACAUAGAACGCUCUAUUGCUGGAUCACCAUUGACCAUCAUAGAGGAAGACAGCGAUGCUGCUAAACAUGAAACUCCUUCAGAAAACCAUGCCCCGUUAUUGAACCUUCCGUUGGUAACCACAACCAUUGACAAUGAUGCCACAGGUGUGGGAAUAGACAAUGCAACAAUGAAUCAGGGAUCACCAAAUAACAACAAUGUAGACAAUGUGACUGACAGAGGUGAUAUCAAUGAGAACCUGAAUGGAUUAGCAUUGAACAUUCGAGAAUCAAGGUUCACCAAUGCAAAUUCAAAUCUGUUGGGUUCAAGUAUUGAAGAUGCAGCCUUGGGAAAUGCCCUUAUUCCUUUAGGUAAUAGAAAUGAAAAUAUUACAUCUGGUAAUGCUGCUGGAGGAUUUGAUAAUUUCACUGCUGCUGCAACUAUUAAAGCUAAAGUUCAGGAUCAAGAGUUUGGCAUUUGCCCUCAGCGAAGAAAGGAUGACACCAAAGACAAAGGAUCUGUGGUGGGAGAACGUGUUCUGUCCGCUGCUGAAAGGAAUCGAUUAAAAGUGAUGGAACAAGAAUUUGGAAUUACGCAACCGAGAAGAGAAAGACCAAAGAGCGUGCCUUUUAAAUCUUCCAUUCGUGACAGUGUUAGUGAUCGUGAUAGUUAUAGCCAAGCACAAGAGACAGUAAGACAGAACUUCCAGGAUACAGUUGCCCAGAGGAGAACAAAUCAUUGGAACAUGCUACAUGGAGGACUGAAUAUUAUAACAGGGGUCAUGAAUAUGUUUCCUGUGCAGACAGUUCCGGAAACAGAGCAAUUGCAAGUUACAGAAGUUGAUUCAAUGUCCAUGAAGGAUACACCAAGUGACGAUGGAGUCCAGGUGGUUCUUCAGUCACCGGCUAGUGUCGAUGCUCCAAUGUCGAAGUCUGAAUCAAGCGGAAGUGUCAAUCAUGUGUACAAAAGUGCAUCUGGGCUGAGUUCGAAGACAAGUAGUAGUUAUAACAUUACUUCCAUUGCCAGUAGUGUAUCAUUUGACAUGGGAUCUGGGAAGUUUUCUCUCAAUACACCUACAUCCACUGAUGAUGGCUCUGUGGAUACUUUCAAAACCUGUGCUGGCACUGGAGGUGGCUAUAGCUCAGAAAGCAGUGAGCGUCAUAGGGAUUUAGCUAACCCUGGCAUUGCCUACUGGAGGAGCCAUCGACUGACUAAGGAUGAAGGGGAUUGUGGUACUGCUGAAGAUCUGCAAUCUGAGCACUCUGGAGAUGAAGAAGAGGUCUCAAGUGAUACAUCAGAUGCUGUUGAUUACACAGAUUUCACUUCUGUUAAUGUGGCACUUCAGAAGUCGGUUGCUAUUCCACUUCAUAUGCAGCUGCGUCUUGCCAAUGAGGCAGUACUGAAAUAUUUCUUCCAGGAUCUCAACCUAUAUGGUCACUUUCGUAGCAUGAGAAGCUUUUUCUUCCUAAUGGACGGGGAGUACAGACACACUGUGACAAACUCACUUUUUAAGAAAAUGACCACGGUGCGGCAACCUAGUCAUCUUCUGAACUAUGUGGUGUUGAAUGAUGUAUUGCAAAUGGCUUUGGAUACAUCGUCAAGUGGAGGAGAAGAGAAUGCCAAAAGGAUUAGUUUUAAGGUGAGCUCUACCCCUGACCACUUCCAGCUGACGUCGACAGGGGUACUGGAGUGUCUGAGCUUACAUUAUCGCACGGAGUGGCCGCUGAACAUACUGUUGACGGAGGAGUGCCUUCUCAAGUACAACAUCAUCUUCACGUUCCACCUGAAGUACCGCACAGUGCAGUUGUGGCGGCACGAGAUGACCCACUUUGUGAGCUCCUUCCAAAACUACAUUAUGGGCACUGCUGUGCAGAGCUGCUGGGUGAACUUCGAGCAAGAGCUGAAUCAGGUGCAGACACUGGACAAUCUGUAUCUGAAGCAUGCAGGAUAUGUGAAGAGUAUUCUCUUUAGGUGUUUAUUGUACAACAAGUGCCGCCCUAUUCAUAAUUUAAUGAUGCAAGCUUUCGACACCAUCCUGAAAUUUAUUGCUCAACUGGAGGCAUCACAGUGGCACCAAUGUGGAGAAGACCAAACAACCCUGGAACAUCCUGACUUUCGAACACUCUCUCUGAUCCACGAUUCUUUUCGAUUUUACACUGGUUGCACAUACAAGUCAUUGGAGAAAAUGAUUCGGAAAGGUUACCAACCACAGUUUAAGGAGCUUCUGGAAAUGUUAAAUGCCAAUGGAUAUUACACAGAUUUAGAAUCCGGUUGAGUUGACGAAUCCAAAAAUUGGGCUUAUUGAAUUGAUUAUGAAGUUUGUUAAAAUGAGUGCUUGUUAGAAAAUGAGUUGUGAGCACUACUUUUUUUCUUUACUAAUUUGAUUCUUAGCAAUGUAUCUUAAUAACAACCAAAUGAUGGUUCACAAAGCAAGAUUUGCUUGAGAUUUUAAAAGAUUUCUUUCUCAUAAACAAACAUUUCCCAAUAAGCAAAGAGAUUUAAGUUUUAUGCACAUUUUAGUUUGAGGUUGAAGCUUAGUACCAGUAACCAUUAUUUUCCCUUGUUUCUGGUUCAAAAUAUGUGCCAUACUGGUGAACAAAUGGGAUUUUUCAUUUAGUAAUUAUAGUUGCUAAAACUUUUGUGAUAUAGCAAUACAACUUUAGCAACUCACACUGAUAGUUGUUGAAAUCUAAACAAGACGUAGAUGCAUUUUUUGACAAUUUCAUAUGUGUUCAUGUGUCUUCCUUUGCAGUGUUGAGAUCUUUGGAAUCAUGCCAUAACGCUUAAAUAUUGUGUAUCAUUCCUUAAAAGUUUUAUGUUCUGAUGAUAGCCAGAGAUCUGCUGUGGAGAUUUCCAAUCCUGUUGAUAACCAGGGGUUUAGUGUUUGUGUACCACAGUUAUUGUGUGCUUUCUAACAUGGAUGUAAAACAUCAAGAGGUGUGAUGUUAAUGCUUUUUAAGAAUUUUAUAUUCUGAGAAAACAAAACAAUGUAUUGUUAUUUAAUGUCCCACCUGAUAAUGGUAAUAAUUAUUAUAUUAAACUAUUGAAGUAUGAUUCCUUUUUAUCCAAACAGUUUUAUCAUGUUUUGUACAUAUAUAAAUAUACAGAAGUUAUUUAUUUCUUUAUGUAAAUAUUUGUUGAGUUGUGCCAUGCAAAAAUUAUUAUUUCAAGUUUUUUAUGUUGUUAAUAAAGCACAAAACGUAAGAAUA